AUGAUUCAUCGAUUUCGCACAAAAAAUCGGUCCAAUUAUCAUGCCUUCGGUGGUGGGUCUUUCCUAAUCUCCGUGAAACGGUGCGAAUCGGCGAAGAACACCGGAAGAUCAACAGUUCUCAAUCAGCGAUUGUUUCUCCUCUAUGCAUGCUCAUGUUUUGUCCUAAAAUUUUGGCUUGUGUUGUUGUUUAUUUUGGUUUCUGGUGGGCACAGAGAUGGAGCUGUUGACAACGACAACAACAACAAGGACGUGUUUACAGCUGUUGACCAAGCUGAGAUUACAAAAGAUGUUUGCUUGAUGUAUGAUUUUGUGAAUCAGCAUUUACAGGAGGCCACAAGGGUUUCCGACCUAAGCUUGGAGGAAGAUGAUGUUCUGAAGCUAGUAAGUGAAAAGAGUGAGAACAGAGUUGUAAGGAAUAUAAAGGCUUCAAUGAAAUGCAGUGAUAGAGAAGUUUCCAAGCCUGCAACCGAGAGCUUCUCUUUCAGAAUUCCUCCAUCAGAAAACAUUGAAUCUCAAGGAAGGUCGGAUCUUCCGGGAAUAGAUGUGUUGGUCUCAGCUGCAAAGAGAAAGAGCCGCCUCUGGUCACAGCCAACUGUCAGAUUGAUGUUAAGAUAG